AUGUCUUGCGAUUGGGAACUAUUGAAAGAGAAUGUGGAACCACUCAAGUCUGGCAGAAGUAUAAAGACUCUGAAGAAUGCUUUAGCGCUAAAUACAUGUGAUCUGAACGCCAGAGAAAUGAGACGGAAAGAGUUUGAGUCAGAAUUGCGGACAUAUAAUGGUUCGGAUCUGUUGUCCGUUUAUUACGAUUACAUCCAAUGGAUUGAACAGAACUAUCCUUUGGGUGGAAAUGAGGCCAAUCUGAAGACACUUCUGGAGAAAUGUGUGGAACAGUUCUACUCUCUGGAGGAAUACCGAAACGAUACGCGACUUUUGAGUAUAUUCUUUAAAUUUAUCAAACGAGUGGACAGUCCUCUGGAAGUGUUUCAAUUCUUUCAUGAGAACUCAUUUGCCAAACAAUUGUCUGAGUUUUACAUCAAUUGGAGCUUUCAUUUGGAGAACACAAAGAACUGCCGCAAAGCGGCCGAAGUGUUGCGCUUAGGACUCACUUUAAACGCCGAACCCAUGACUGCUCUGAAGGGAGCGCUCGAAGAACUGGAGACCAGAGUCGCAAAAGCCAUCUUCAAUGACAAAAUGGAUGAAUUGAACGAAACUGAUUCCGAAGACCACAAUCUGAGGCAUCCAUUGAAUAAACUGAAGGCAAAGACGAAAAAAGGACGAACGGAAGCGCCGGUGAGUCGAGUCGGCAGCGCUCUUAAAACGAGCGCCAAUGGCCUCAAGGGUUCCGCUAUGGCAUCAAAUGGCGGACAAAGCUCUACGAAAACUGUUAUUUAUUGCGAUGAAAACGAUCCGACACUUGACGAGAAGGUUAGCGCCGGUAGUCUUAAGCCAACUCUGAGUUCAAAGCAUAUGUUGAGUGUCGGGUCUGUCGGUCAGGAGAACGAACGAAAAGCCGGAAAAUGGACUGAAAAUCAAUUAAAACUGAAACCUAUUCUAAAAAGUGAGCCAAAGUUUAAGAUCCAUACCGACGACGACUCUGAGGAAGAGGACUGCGAACCCGUGAAGAAACCCUCGCAAAGCAAUGCGCUUAAGGAAAGGUCGCGAACUGCGGACAGC